AUGCAUUCGAAAUUCUUGGUCUUGGGUGCUCUGCCCAUCCUAGCCAUGGCGCGGGCAUAUCCUCCUGUUAUCAGAGGCCGGCAAGACCCAGACACCACGACAUCCAUCGAAACCUCUCGUCCCACCUCCCCGACUCACACUUGGACAGCCGCGGGUGAUGCAUCCGCCACAGGGCCGUGGGAUGGACACUACACCGGAAUCUACACCGGAACACUUCCCGACGAUGACAGCGGCCACUACACCGGUAUCUACUCUGCCACUGCAACCGGCUGCUCGGGCACGUGCACUGGAACACCUGUCGCGGACUACACCGGCAUAUACACUCCCACUGGAUCUGCGACUGGAUCUGCCACCGGCUGCACAGGUAUCUGCACUGGAACACCGACCGCGGCCUACACCGGCAUCUACACGGGCGAGCUCCCCACCACAACCGGCCAGAUCGCAUCAAACGGCACAAGUACAUCUGCACCCGUCGUCAUCGGCGGGGCUGGCAAGGGAGUACAGGGCGCGAGCUGGGUUGGUGGAAUCAUGGCCGGCUUUGCUGUUAUGGGGUUGGCUCUUUGA